AUGUCCUCGACUUUGAGAAAUCCGCCAUCCUUUUCGAUAGUCGCACUCGCAAUAGCCUCUCUUACCAAUACAUUAAAGUAUUUGCCUGCCGCGGCGUUUGCAUGUCUUGAUAUUCGUGUCGCAUCUCUUUAUAUCCGCGUCAUUGGCACGUUGACUGCCAACAACCCAUCGACUCGAGAUCCGUGGAAUUGGAACCUCGCUUCUCGUGCUUGUAAUGUUCUGGAUUCUGAUAGCCUGGAUCGCAGAAUCUUCUCCACUAUACUCUCGUUCUUCUCAUUAUUGGUAGGCUUCGAAAACCCCUAUAUCAAUUUUUAUGGAAAGAGCUUGGCUAAUGGUUCCGAACCAGGUGUUCCUGUUGGUCUUCCGGUGGUGACAACCACGACACUCGCCGUCGGAGCAGCGUAUCUUGCGAAACAGAAGGCCAUCGUCCAAAAGCUCACUGCCAUUGAAUCUCUUGCUGGUGUUGACAUUCUAUGCUCUGACAAGACUGGCACGUUGACUGCCAACAAGCUAUCGAUUCGAGAUCCUUGGCUGGCAGAAGGCCUAGACGUCAAUUGGAUGAUGGCGGUCGCAGCUCUUGCUUCGAGUCAUAACCUCAGAACCCUAGAUCCCAUCGACAAAGUCACUAUUCUUACGCUCAAGCGCUACCCCGAAGCCAGGGAGAUUCUCAAGCAAGGAUGGGUGACCGAGUCGUUCACACCUUUCGAUCCUGUCUCUAAACGCAUUACUGCGGUUUGCCGCCUCGGGAAUGACAAGUUCUGGUGUGUCAAGGGAGCCCCCAAAGCGGUACUGAAACUGGCUUUAGGCUCGGAGGACGAAAGCCGAAUCUAUAAAGAGAAGGCUCAAGAUUUUGCUCAAAGGGGAUUCCGUUCGCUUGGUGUCGCUUAUAAGAAGAACGAUGGUCCCUGGAUCAUUUUGGGUUUGCUAUCCAUGUUCGAUCCUCCUCGAGAGGAUACGGCCCAGACAAUCAUCGAGGCAGGCCACCUUGGAGUCCCCGUCAAGAUGUUGACUGGAGAUGCCAUAGCCAUUGCAAAAGAAACCUGCAAAAUGUUGUCCCUCGGUACAAAAGUGUAUAACUCGGAACGACUCAUCCAUGGCGGGUUGUCCGGAAGUGUACAGCAUGACUUCGUGGAGCGUGCAGAUGGAUUUGCAGAAGUGUUUCCCGAGCACAAGUACACGGUUGUCGAAAUGCUGCAACAAAGAGGCCACCUCACAGCAAUGACCGGCGACGGUGUCAACGACGCCCCCUCCUUGAAGAAGGCUGAUUGUGGUAUCGCAGUGGAGGGUGCUUCAGAAGCCGCUCAGGCGGCAGCAGAUAUCGUCUUCCUCGCCCCCGGCCUGAGCACGAUCGUUUUGGCCAUCAAAACCGCUCGGCAAAUAUUCCAGAGAAUAAAAGCAUACAUCCAAUACCGUAUUGCCCUCUAUCUCCACCUAGAAAUCUAUCUCACGCUCUCCAUAAUCAUCUGGGUUAUGAGUGUAAUUCUUGGGAUCCUCCUAGCUCUCGCCACGUGGGUAUUAAGAGGCGCAUUAUUUCUGCCCAAUGGAGGUUUCGUUCAGAACUUCGGUUCCAUCCAAGAGAUCCUCUUCCUCGAAGUCGCCCUCACAGAGAACUGGCUCAUCUUCGUCACACGAGGCGGUAAGACGUGGCCGUCGUGGCAACUCGUGUUCGCAAUUCUCGGAGUGGAUGUCCUCGCCACUCUCUUUUGUCUCUUUGGCUGGAUGUCCGGCAGGGGCGAGAUUUCCCACCCGGAGUCGAGCUUCAAGCAGAGCAGUAACGGGUGGGUCGACAUCGUAACUGUGGUAAUCGUCUGGCUUUAUUCUUUCGGUGUGACUGUCGUCAUCGCUAUCGUUUACUUCGUUCUCAACAAACUGUCUUGGUUAGACAACUUAGGUAGGAAAGAUCGCAAGAAGAAGGAUACCAAGCUGGAAAACAUUCUCGGCCACCUCCAGAAGCUUGCCAUCGAGCAUGAGGUUGACGAGAAGACUGGAAAGAGCAGGUUUAUGCUGGCGGAGAAGGCUGCUGAUGAAGAUGAUGAUAUCUAG